CCGGUAUAGAAGGUUUGAAAAGCAGCCCGAGGGUCUGAUUACAUGACUGAUUCCAUUUCUUAUAGUUAUACGCAAGAAAUGUCCGUUUAUGCUAGACUUGAGAGGCCGCAGGGCUAUGGUUCGUUUCUCGUGUAAAUGGAUCAUGGCGAGAAUUUAUUAUUCUUUUCUGUUGCCGAAGGGGUACAUUCAAGUUAUCUCUCAAGUCCAGGGCAAAUUCCUAAUUUCACAGUCGAGUACCCUUCCUGCUAGUGCAAAGCUUUAUAUAUAUUCUGAAGUCUACAAAGCUAUAAAAGUCCUCCGAGAGCUUUCACUUGUCUGUAUUGAUUCUGGAAAGCACAAUGUGUUCUAUGACCAUGCAACCAACGCCGUUACUAUGGUCGACUUUGAGCUGAUGCAGCCUGUCGAGCCAGAACUUGUCAGUCCGCAUCUUCCAGAAAUGCAUGCUAUCUUCAGUUCGUCCAAGGGCUCGCCACUCGGGAGGAUAAGGGAGUGUCUUUUGGUUGCGCGUGCUUUACCCAGAACUAUCCAUGUCGGCUUCCGUUUAGAAGGAUUUACCUUUUAAAGCGUAAUUCGUCGGUGUGCUUAGCACCUAGUCUCAGGGUAAAUAUCUACCUAGUAUGCUGGAACUGGUCUAGCUUCCUUGCUGUAGGGGAAGCGGCAUAUGGGGAAAGCGGCAUAUGGAAGGACCCGGAACGUCUUCUGUUAAUGGUUGAUAGUGAUUGGAGUAGCUAUUUCCCGAGACGUAAAUGCCGCGUCUCCGCAAAUGGUUGUAGAGCUUAGGUGGCGCUCACUGCCAACCAGAUUCGUUGUCUUUUCCUGCC